GGGCCGCAGCCGCACUGGGGCGGAACUGGGCGGCGGUCACGUAGCUCAGGUCGCCUAACUGCUGUGGCGUGCGCGCCUGUUGGUUCCGGAUCCAAGUCUUCUUCGUCCCUCCGCUAUCAUGCCGAUGUUCGUGGUGAACACCAACGUGCCCCGCUCCUCGGUGCCGGACGGGCUCCUCUCCGAGCUCACCCAGCAGCUGGCGCAGGCCACGGGCAAGCCGGCCCAGUAUAUCGCGGUGCACGUGGUUCCGGACCAGCUCAUGGUUUUCGGCGGUUCCAGCGAGCCGUGCGCGCUCUGCAGCCUGCACAGCAUCGGCAAGAUCGGCGGCGCGCAGAACCGUACCUACAGCAAGCUGCUGUGUGGCCUGCUGGCCGAGCGCUUGCGUGUCAGCCCAGACAGAAUCUACAUCAACUACUACGACAUGAACGCGGCCAACGUGGGCUGGAACGGCUCCACCUUCGCCUGAGGGCCACAUCGCCCCCAUCCAGCGGGACCAGACCCUAGACCCCGCUGCCCGCAGUAUUUGCCCACCUGGCUCCCAGGGACCUCCCACUUCAACGGUCGGGAGAAAUAAAUGGUUUGGAGACCGCA